CAUUGCUUCUUCUCCUUCUUCUUCUUUUCUUUCUUAUAUUAUAUAUUCAAUAAAACAUAAUAUAUAUAUAUAUAGAGAGAGAGAGAGAGAUAUAUAUAUAGAAUGGCAGCCCAACUGUUAUCAAAUGGAGUGUUGCACAAGAGAUUGCCAGAGAACUACAUAAGGCCAGAAUCACAAAGACCAAAGCUCAAUGAAGUGAUCAAUGACACUAACAUUCCACUCAUUGAUCUUAGUCUCUCUGACAAGUCCCUCCUCAUCUCUCAAAUUUCAUAUGCUUGCCAUUCCUAUGGCUUCUUCCAGGUAGUGAACCAUGGGAUAGGAAAGGAGGAUUUGGAAAAGGUGAUGGAGAUAGCAAAGCAAUUCUUCAGACUGCCAAAGGAAGACAAGAUGGAGCUAUACUCAGAUGAUCCAAACAAGAAGAUAAGACUUUCCACUAGCUUUAAUGUUAAGAAGGAGAUUGUUCACAAUUGGAGGGAUUACUUGAGGCUUCAUUGCUAUCCUUUGGAAGAGUUUCUCCCUCAUUGGCCUUCCAAACCUACUUUUUUCAAAGAUGUGGUGAGCACUUACUGCAGAGAAGUGCGAGAACUUGGUUUCAAACUAUUAGGUUUGAUAUCGCUAAGCUUAGGAUUGGAGGAAGAGUACAUCAAAAAAGUGUUAGGAGAGCAAGAACAACACAUGGCCAUGAAUUACUAUCCUCCAUGCCCUCAGCCUGAUCUCACAUAUGGUUUACCUGCUCACACCGACCCAAAUGCUCUUACAAUUCUCCUUCAAGAUCAACAAGUUGCUGGUUUACAAGUAUUAAAGGAAGAAAAAUGGAUAGCUGUCAAUCCAGUUCCUAAUGCAUUGGUUAUUAACAUUGGGGACCAAAUACAGGCGUUAAGCAAUGGUAGAUACAAGAGUGUUUGGCAUCGUGCUGUUGUCAAUACAGGAAAUGAGAGGUUGUCUGUGGCUUCAUUCCUCUGCCCAUGUAGCACUGCUAUAAUUGGUCCUCCCAUAAACCUUAUCGAAGAUGGAGCUACACCUAUUUAUAGGAACUUCACAUAUGAUGAAUACUAUAAGAAAUUCUGGAGCAGGAAUUUAGAUCAAGAACAUUGUUUAGAACUUUUUAAAACCCAGUAGUAGUAGAUAUCACGUUCAUUUUAGUAAGGCACCAAACUAUGGUCUUUUAUCAUUUUGGGGUCCAAACAUCAAUUUGAAUCAAAAUAGUUAUCCAACUUCAAUUUUAUUUUACCGGAUGAUUACCCAAGAGAUUUCAGUCUUUUUUUUUUAUGAUGUAGAUGCCAGAAAUUCUCUAUCAGGACAUACAUGACAUACUAUCCGCACAGCUGACAAUUCCAUCUCAUUUCUUGACUGAGAAUUUUGAACAUCAGAUCAUAAGAAAUAGACCGGAUUCCCUAAGGUGACCACCUAGUGAAAUAAAAUUAAAGUUGAGUAAUUAUUUUGAUUCAAAUUAAAGUUUGAACCCAAAAUGAAAAAAAGUUUGGUGCCAUAUAAAAAAUUUACCCUUGAAAAGUCAUUUGCAUUUAAAAAUAUCAUAUAAAUCAAUAAAUAAAUUCCACAUGAACUAUUAUUUAAAAUGAUUAAGAAAAAUGAUCCUGAAUUAAAGGAGGAAUUUAUUUAUAUCAGUAGAUUAGUCCCUGCUAUCCUUCCAUGCAUUAUGUUAUUCAUGUUAAGUUGAAG